UCCGAGCUCGAUUGUUUUAAUCAAGUGCGCCUUGAGAUCGGGACAGGCGAAUGAGUCGUAAUCGCCUACUACGAAAGAGGUCUCGUAGUCGGUGCUAGAGUCAGUACGGUAAGUCGUUUCGCACCGCGAAGAUUAGACAAGUGAACCGCGAGUGCUGUGACGGGAAUUUCGACGAGGCGGUAAAAGCGGUGGUUUCAAAUCGGGGGUUUGUCGCAGACGGUGAGUUGCUUUGCCAGCUUUCGAAAGUUCCUGAUACAAAUUUUAUUGGUUAUUUAGGUGUUAUCGAAGUGAUGCGCAUGGUCCAAAACAGCCGAAAGUGCCCAAUGUUAUGUGCUUAACAUAGAGAGACUCUCAGAUUUAUCGGUCUAUCCCAGAAUAAAGCUGUGAUCCGCGUUUAGUUUGCCCAAAAAUGAGUUCCGUGCUGUUGGAAGCCAGGCCUUUUAGGCCCUUCAAGUCCAGCGAAGAGUACCUGUACGCCAUGAAGGAAGAUCUGGCGGAAUGGCUGCAAACCAUGUACCCGCACCUCAACAUAGCCGUGGAGAACUUCAUGGAGAGGCUGGAGACGGGGGUGGCUCUAUGCGAGCACGCCAACGCAGUCAAAGCGCAGGCGCAGGAGUACGUGGAAAAGAAGCAGGCCAAGAAGAUCAUGCUUAGGUCAAUCACGGGGUCUCUAGCCACAGCCCAGGCCCUGGUCAGGAUUCCAGACGUCAAGUACUUCAACACCGCCAAACCGGGCACAUUUUUUGCUAGAGAUAACGUUAGCAAUUUCAUUAAUUGGUGCCGAUACUCCUUGGAGAUCAUCGAAUGUCUUCUGUUCGAGACCGACGACUUGAUUAUGAGAAAGAACGAGAAACACGUCGUCCUCUGCCUGUUGGAGGUGGCCAGAAGGGGGGCAAAGUUCGGCAUGCUGGCUCCUAUGCUGGUACAGAUGGAGAGACAGAUAGACAGGGAAAUAGCGGCUGAUCAGAAGAAACUGGGCGUAAAUGACGGACUAGAGAACCAGAACGGCCUAGACGAUGACAGUGACAGCGAUAUUGAAGACGAAGAAACGGUACUCAUGUACGGGCCCGUACCUCAGAUCGUCACCAACGACCUAAAGAGCUUGGACGAAAUGGUUAGAGACCUGGUAGCCCAAUGCACCUGCCCCACACAGUUCCCCAUGAUAAGGGUAUCAGAGGGAAAAUACAGAAUUGGAGAUACUAAAGUGCUGAUCUUCGUAAGGAUCCUGCGCAACCACGUGAUGGUCAGGGUAGGCGGUGGAUGGGACACCCUGUCCCAUUAUCUGGACAAACACGAUCCUUGCAGGUGCAAAAGUCAGCACAGGAGCACGCAAAGCGCCAGGUUGGUCAACAAGCCUGGAGCUGCUGAUUUACACGGGUCGCACGUGUACUACGAAAGGCCCCCAGCCGGCAGCGCGACUGUACCCACCGGCGUCAACGGUUACCCGAACACCUCCUCCAACAGCCCUCCCUUACUAGGUCCCCCCACGAACUCCCUGAACCGCUCCAGGUCCCGCUCCCCAUCCCACCUCUCCUAUACCGACACCAGACGGUCAGUCAGUCCGAACUUCCCUAGAAAAUCCCUGAAUAUCCCCCAAUCCAUUAACAGAUCUAGAAGCCCGACCCCCAACUUCACGUCGACGCACCUGACCAAGCUCAGCACCCACAGGAGUCCACAACACCUCCAGAAGAACUACGGCCCUCAGUCCUUGCCCAUCAUCAAUUCGGGACAUCAAUCUUUACCUGUGAACGUCGUCCCGACGUCUCCAAAGUCCAAACACGUCAGCAGCAUGCAGAUUCCAGCAGAUACUAAGGUGAUGAAAUCAGAAGCAGUGCUGCAAGUGACAGACACAGACCACAGCGACACCACUUCAGAAGUGUCCGACGAGGGUUACAGGAGUUUGGGCAUCGUCCACGACAAGAAGAAGCAGCGGUCUUCAUUGUACAGCCAGAACUCUUCUGAGGAUGCGGAAGAAAACGAGCAUCAAGUGUACACUGAAGACGACCUUAAUGAUUUCGGACUGAGGAAAACCCAGUUCUCCCAGAGAAUCUACGAUAACGACCUCAGGGCAAAGCUAGAGAGGAACAUGCAGUCCAUGGAGAAGCUGACAGAGAAGGAACCUCCUUUCCUGAAGGAGAAGGAAAAGUCCGUGUGCAGCCAAAACUCCUCCGAUGAGGUGGAUUACAAGCAAGCACUGAACCAGUUCGACGCAGUGUUGAACUCUUGCGAACAGGGUGAUGAAGACAUCAACGACUUUGGCUUGAGAAAAACUCAGUUCUCCCAGAGGAUAUACGAAGGCGGUAUGAAAUCCAAGCUAGAAAGGAACCUCCAGUCCAUGGAGCAGUUAUCAGAAUCUCCCAACAAGUCCCCCAAGUCGAUGGCGAGAGAACCCUCCGUCCCCAAGCAGAAAGAGACAAUCCCCAGACAGAACUCUUUCACCAAGAAAGACCGCUCCACACCCCCGAAAGAAAAAUCCUUGAGCAGGGCGAACAGCAGCGAAAGGGCGGAGCUCCAGAGAAGCCCCAAGAGAGGCUCACCGGGCCCCAAGAAGGUCGAAUCCAAAAUCAACACUUGGAACGGCAGACCCAAGGCCUCUAGACCCAGCGUCACCACAGAAACGUUCACGUCGCCCUUUGUCAGAAACUCGACAGGCAGAAGAAGCGUUUCGGCGGUGAACGAAAGGCGGGCCUCCUCAGCCAACACCUCCCCCACCAAAAGCCGGCUUCGUCAGGAGCUCAUGCAGGCUGUCAAACACGCCGAUGACGACGCCACCAUAGCGCAGCAGGUGCAGGAGUUGUUGAGGAAAUACGGCAGCCUGAACACGCUCAACGUUGAAGUGGAACAACAGCCCAGCAGGUUUACGAGGAACACUGGGGACAGGAUGUCCUACAGGAGUCCCAGGAAGGACUCCAGGCCAGAAAACAACAUCUCUAGAAUACCAGCGCCUCUGUCUUACCUCAAGGCUUGAGUUUUUCGAGGAACCCGUUCAGGAAUGGGGGAAACAACGAAGGAAUGUCGUUUGGUGUGUCCGUAAAGAAGUGUACAACGAUUACGGAAGCGUAGUGUUAAUUUAAAAAUAAUUUACGGUGCUGGAAACGACAUUGCUUUGUUGGUGUUUUGGAGAGAACAAACUUAGGCGUCGUGAGUACUUACCAUUCCUGAGCGUCGAUGUGGAUCGGUGCUAUUUUAUUUGUUCGUUGAGACAAACUAGAGUAGGCGUAGCAAUAAAUACAAAAUUAUCGAAAGUCAGGGUAUUUUUCGACCGUAGACAGAGUAGUGGUAGCGUUUUUAUCCAAUUUUUUAAAUGAAAACAAAGCCUUUGACCAGUGCACUAUUAAAGAAACACCAGCCGAUCGCUUACCUUACAAAUUAUUUGCUGUCGACGUUUAAGAAGUAGCAUUGCUUUGAAUGUCGUCCAUUACCCAAUAUUUUACGUGUUACGGGUGAAUCUACCAAGUACAUAAGUUGUGAAAUUAAUUUUUAUUAAUUUUCUUACCAUUUAGGGUGCUACCUGUUAUACUUAUUAUGAUAUUAAUCGUAUUGGUAGGUUUUAUUUGCCGAUAUGUUAGAGUAGCUAUUUUGUAGCUUUAAAUUAUGUGUAUAUAUUGUGAUUGUUUGGUAUUUUGACUAAAUUGUUUACGAGACGUUUUUUAUUGAGCAAUUUUAGGCGUACGUUUUUUUAUUAGAUCUUUAUUUGUACCGGAGCAGAGCCAAGGAAAACUGGAACGGACAUUCCAUUAUAAAAAAAAAUCAAAACCAUAAAAAGUGUAGCGUUUUAGUGAUUUUUACUACUUAAGAAAUAAUACCUUAUUAAUUUUCUUUAUAAGAAUGUUUUUUAAGUACUUUUCGGUUUUUAGAGAAAUCUGCAUGGUAGUUUUAUAUUGUUAUGAAUUUCUUUUAAAAUUCUUGUAGUUUUAGCAUAUCCUACAAGGACUUAACCAAACCAUACCUUUUUUCAUCGAUAUUUAUUAAUUUUACUAUUUUUCAAUAAAACUAAUUCACAAAA